GCGGCGCGGGGCCGGGGGGAGCCGCGGGGCCGGGAGCGGGGUAGGCUGCGCCCGUACUUAAGCGCGCUGCCCGAGCCGCUGACGUCUUUCGAAUUGGAGACGGGCUGCCCCGCUCCCGCCCCGGGCUCCAGCGGACACGGCCGGGGACGGAGCCAAGGUACGAGUGUCUUUCUAGAAUGUCCAGGCAUGCAAAAAAGCUUAGAGAUCAGGAUAUAAAUCCAUGUCUAGCGGAAACAGAUGCCACUACAAAAUGUAUGAAUGACAACAACUAUAACAAGGAUAUGUGUACUGAUUACUUUUUGAAGUACAAAAACUGCAGAAAAUUCUGGCAUGGCAUUAUGAUGCAAAGGAAGAGAAGUGGUGUGAAACCAGAGAUGCCCUCAGCAGAAGAAAGAAAGAAAAUCUUGGAAUCAAUGGGGAAGCCCUACUGACUAGAAAUCUGAAUUGACUGUUGUCACAAUACAUAUGAAGACUUGGCAGCAGCAAGUUACCAUUUCAUGAACUGGAUUUUACAGUUGCCAUAUGUUGGAUUAAAAUAAGAUCUUAAAUUUUGAAAUGUGGGAGCUUUCUAGGAUAGAAUUUCCUGGGUUUGUUCCUACUUCCUGUCAUAGGAACCUGGCCUCUUUUAUUGGAAGAUACGGGUCUCAAUUCAACUUGUAUAGAAACUUUUGGAAGUAGAAGCUACCUUGCUGUGAAAUGCUAAAUAUAAAAUUAACGGGACUUGAAGAAAGCCUGUUUGAAAAGAUGGGUUGGUGAGCAUUGCAGUGUGGUUCUAAGUUCUAAGACUGGAGCAGGUUGAGAAGCUGGUACAUGCAAUGUGUUUCUUGCACUCAGCUGUUCUGCUCAAUAGUAUGGAUUUACCAUGUAUGAAUGUUGAAUUCUGUAUCCCCAGUUUAAAUAAGACUGUUCAUGAACUAAAAUCCUAAGUCCAACAAGCUUGUCAUUGGGUCUGCCACUGCACUUGUCAGUGACAGCAGAAGCUUGCAGUAAGUCAGAUCUGCAAGCUGUGCUAGUUAGAAGGUUAGAGAGAUGGGUGAAGAUAAAACUGAACUCCUCAGGUCUGAGCUGCAUAGUAAUUUCUGUGGAUAGUAAAUAGAUACUUUGGUGGCAGGCAGGCAGGGGGGACUUGCAGACAUGUAAACAGAUCCUCUGAGUGACAUGGCAGGUUUAACUAUAGCACAUCUAUCUAAGACUCUGGACAGCUGAAACCUGGGGUUUGGAAAUGCUUACUCAUAUGAGAUUACAAAGCUCAGUUUAAACAGGUACUCUAAUCUUAAAUAAGGUUGAUUCUUUUGCUAAAUUGAACAAGUAAUAAAUGUAAACAUGUUGCUGUCUAGGUGAAA